AUGAGAUUGGGCUGGCCGCAAAAUUUUUGUUCUGUUGGGGGCUUUUUUGGAGAGUCAACUGUAAUUUUUCUUUUUCAUUUGCUUCUCAGUGAAUUAUUUAUGGCUGAUCCAGCGACUUGGCAUAAAGUAAGAGGGGCCCAGAUUCUUCUGUCCAUGAAGAUCAUCUCUCUGGGCUAUGAUGUAGGGAAAGGCACCGUGGCUGACCUGCCCAAUAUAUUUGAGUACAUGGGCUACUGCUUCAAUGUGGGCACCGUCAUCUUUGGGCCCUGGAUCACGUAUGAGCAGUACUACAAACUUCUUGAUGCUGAGGCCAAUCCAAUGAGUAUGGUGUGGGCUGCCCAAGUGUUGUCUACGACGGGCCUGUCUGUGUUCUGUUUGGUCUACUCCAACUGCUUCACUCACUGGCUCAUCCUGGAUAGUGUGAACAAGUGGUUCCUGGCUUACAGAGACGCCCAGUCGUUCCGGUUCAGCCAUUACUUCAUCAGUUUUCUCUCCGAUGCGACGUCGUCGCUGAGCGGCAUCAGCCCCGAUGGGGGGUCUCAGCUACAGUGGAGUGUGGCAAAGCCUCAGCAUAUUGAGGUCCCGAGGUCGCUGGUGGAGGUGGUCACCAACUGGAACCUGCCCAUGCACUCCUGGCUGAAGACAUAUGUGUUCAAACCCGUCCGUCCAUAUGGCACUUUCUUAGCUGUGAUAAUGACGUACGCUGCCAGCUCUCUCUUGCAUGUGAGUUCACAGUUACGUCAUACAUUUUUUCGGAGACGCCUGUCCCAAAUAUUUGAUGCUUGUGUUCAAGCGAAGAGAUGCAAAGAAAAAUGUGAUCAUAAAUUCACCAGCAGGCACCCGGCGGUGUUUCUCACCAAUCUGGCGUUCGGCGCUCUGGCCGUGUUCCACCUGGCCUACCUGGGGCUGAUGUUCGACAGCAGUGACGGAGAGGACAAGGGCUACACGAUGUGGCACACGCUGGACAAGUGGUCAAGCCUCAGCUUCCUCAGUCAUUGGGUGGCCCUGGGAACGCUCGUCUUCUAUUGGUUGAUAUGAGGCCGCAGUUUGGAUGUUUUUACGCCGGUCAAUGCUUUAUUUUUUUUCAAUUUUUCGUCGUUGUUCUAUGCCUGUUUUCUUUUUUUAAGGAUAAAAGGAUCUGUAGUGGUAUUUAUUGUUCUCAGGGGAUAGCAGUUGUGCCUAUGAUCUGAUGGCCAGUGUUGGAGCCGAGUUGCCAGACAUCGACAGUUCGCGACCUAAGUGCUUUCUUGUCGUUUCUCCAUUUUUAAUUACGGUGAAAACAGUUCUUGACAAAGAGUGAGCUUACGAAGAAGUCACAUUUUCAGUGUUUAAAAAAAUGGAGAUACGACAAGAAAGCACUGAGGUUGUGAGUUGAGUCUGGAGCACGGUGUGAGGAUGUGAUUCUCAUUAAGUUUUGUACUCGUGGCGGUAGAAAUUUUCAUUUAUUUAUAACACGUUUUAUUAGAAGUUUUUCUUCUAACAUGGUUUGAAUGCGGAGUUGGGGAGGGGGGGGGGGGGGUGGAAUUGGGAGGGGGAAUAUCUCUAACUUCUGAUGAUAUUCUCUCCCUUACCAUCUUUCAAGGUGUAUAUGCAUGUAUUUAUUUAAAUGUGUGCAUUUCAUGAAUGGUUUUGUUACAAAAUAUUUCUCUCCUAUAUUUCAACUUCUUGCUCUUCCCUUUAUGUGAGGGAAUUAUUAUCUUUUCUGCUUUCAAAGAUAUUUUAUCACAAAACAAGCUGCAAGCAAUGAUUUUAUAUUGUUACAAUUCAGCUUUCUUUUUAGACUGUGAAUAAAAUGUUAUGUUUUUUUUCCCCAAUUUAAAAAAAACUUUAUUGACCUAAAGCAUUUUGUUACAAAGCCUUCAUAUGUAUGCGUAUUUCUGAAAGCGGGGUACAGAUCUAUUGAAUUCCUUUUAUAUAUUACCCCUUCAAUGAAGAUGAUCAAAAUCAUGAUAAUAUUUAAUAUGCGUCUACCAGAAUUCUCCGUAAUGAAAUGGUUGUUUUGUCCAUGUCAGUCAAUGCGAAAACGAAAGAA